GUCCAAUCAACUAUAGUGGUGCCAGUUAACCUUUUCCUGUGAACUGUGGUGGUAGAUGCCAAAUUCCUCAUAUGGCAAUAUUUCCUUAAGCAUUUAUUGUGUACUAGUACAUCUUUUCGUUUGGGUAGGAUAUCAUAUCAAGAAGCGGAAUCUACCCAAUAUUUCCUUAAGCAUUUAUUCUCUACUUUUGCUCAUGUCUCUUAUGUCCAUGUUAUAAUGUGCGGCGUGUUAGAGACUUGUAAGUUGCUUUAUCACACAUUCACACUGCGCAGGUUAUCACAGUAGAAGUGUACUAAAUGGACCACAGGAGUUCCUCUACAAAGUUAUGUAAAUAUGUAGCACAUGAAGAUUUUAUCAGCAAUCUGCCGGAUGGCCUCAAAGACAAAAUCCUUUGUUGUCUGCCAAUAAAAGAAGCUGUUGCAACUUGCCUCUUGUCAAGGAAUUGGAGGUACACAUGGACUUCAAUGACCGAACUGAUGUUCAGGGCAGAUGAUUUUACUUCAGAAAAUGGCAAUGCAAAUGAUGACAAAUCCAGGUUUCUUAAGUUCACUGACAUGUUUCUGUCUCUUCACGAUGGCCCAAUUCUUAAGUUUGGACUGAAUACAAAAGACGUUCAAAUAUACACUGGAGGACACAUCUAUCGUUGGAUGCUCAUUCUUUCAAGAAAGAGAAUUAAGGAACUUCAGCUUCGAACAACUAUGCGGGACUGUUACAAGAUCCCUUCUUCUUUUUUCUCCUGUCAUGAGCUGGAAUCUGUGUACCUGCGUUUUUGUAGGCUGACAACUUCACAGCUGCCACUGCUAUCGAAAGGCUUCAAACAAUUGCAUACUCUUCAUCUGGAAUGCUGCUAUAUUCUUGGAGGAAACAAUUUUGGGGAUUUAGUAGCUAGUUGCCCAAAUUUAAAUAAGCUUAUUCUCAAUAGAAUUUAUAGCUUAGCCGAUAUCAAUAUUCAUUCGACAAAGCUCAAGAUGCUAACACUUGAUGGCCAUUUUAAGCACCUCAAUCUGCAUACUCCAUGUCUUACUUCGGCGGUCAUCAAACUGAGACCUCUCCCUAGUGAUGCUUCGAAGAUCAGAUGCAACUUCAAUUUUUCUCAAUUUAUUGCUUCUCUUUCUGAUGUUGAAAGUAUUUCAUAUCUUGGGCCAAUACUUGAGCGUGCAGAACAUGAAUUAUUGGUUCUCAAGCUGCCGAAAUCAUUCAACAGGCUAAAAAGGAUAAGCCUGGACUUAGAUCUUGGUAAUCUAAAGGAAGCAAAUCUUGCUCUCUACUUAUUUCAGCAUGCGCCGUACCUUCAGUUUAUUAAUCUGCAGCUCACUUCCAAUGAGCCCAUAGUACCCGCAGUGCAUUUCUGGGAAUCAAUAGACCGUCACGUCUGUCUCUUCCAGAAUGUUCGUGCAGUUGGUAUGAUCAACUUUACUGGCUCCGGUGCAGAGCUAGGCUUCUUGAAACUUAUACUUGAAGAUGCACCAGUGCUAAAAAGAGCGUUCAUAAACGACAACGGAAAAUUGGGAAAAGAUGACCUCAAGAACCUCCUGAAGUUGAGAAGAGCAUCGAAGGAUGCAGAAAUAGUGAUUUUUUCAGGCUCGGUUCCACCAGUCUGAAAAGGUGCAAGCCCAUUCUUUUUUGUGUAGGAACAAUAUAUGCACAUUUCUAUUUCCCCUGUCUAUUCUGUUACUUGCAAAACCUUAGUGUUUUUUUACGUAAAGGAGGCCCGACCUUGGCAUCGACUGGUGCACGCAGCCACAUGCAAAAACUUAGGUUUAGUUUUCGUUAGAAUAGUUUGAGUUUUAUGUAAAC